GCGCACCGUCGCCAGAGGGAAGUAUGGACUACAACUCCCAGCAUGCCCCGCGCCGGAAGGGGCAGCCCCCCCCCCUCCGCACCACCGCCUUUGCUAUAAGGCCGCUGCGCCGCCGCGCCGCUUAAAGGGGCCGCGGCCUAGGAGAGGAGAUGUUUCCCGCUGGGCUCUGGCUCUAGGAUGUUGGAGAGCCGAGAGGAAGAGCUGACCACGGUGCGUGUUCAGGACCCCCGGGUGCAGAACGAAGGCUCCUGGAAUUCCUAUGUGGAUUAUAAAAUCUUCCUCCACACCAACAGCAAAGCCUUUACUGCUAAGACCUCAUGCGUGCGGCGCCGGUACCGUGAAUUCGUGUGGCUGAGGAGACAGCUCCAGAAGAAUGCUGGCUUGGUGCCCGUCCCAGAGCUGCCCGGGAAAUCCACCUUCUUCGUGGGCAGCACGGAUGAGUUCAUCGAGAAGCGGAGACAGGGGCUGCAGCAGUUCCUGGAGAAGGUUGUGCAGAACGUGGUCCUCCUCUCCGACAGCCGGCUGCACCUUUUCCUGCAGAGCCAGCUCUCGGUACCCGAGAUAGAAGCGUGCGUGCAAGGCCAGGGCUCGCAGACGGUGACAGAAGCCAUCCUGCACUAUGCCAUGUCCAACUGCGGCUGGGCGCAGGAGGAAGAGAGCCGCCCCGCGCUGCUGCCGGGAGGGGACCUGCACGGCAGCUGUGCCGGGCUGGGAAGCCUGCAGGGUCCGAGCUGCCUCGAGACCUUCCCGUACUGGAGUGACUUCGGCAUGGAUGACGCCCACUCGGACAGUCCAGAUGAGCCAGCUGAGCCCUUGGCCAGUCGGCGUGAGGUGCAGUAAACGCCUCUAGCGACCUCGCCUGCCGUCCCUGGGCCCUGCAGCCCUCGCUGGAAGAGGGACCGCUGCUGACCCAGAGGGAUAUCCAGGCUGGUGGGACUGGGCCUGCACUGGGGACACGGCCUUGUCCUGGGCUCUGUCGUGUCCGGGGCUCACAUGCUCUCUCCCUGCUGACUCUCGACUGUCCUUGAUGUCCCAGGCAGUGUGUUCGUAUCGCUCUUCUCUUUGGAGGAGAGAUCUAGUGGUUAGUGAAACCUGUGUUUGUUCUUCCCAUGGCCUUUGCUCUCUGACUGGAGCAGUAGCAGGGCUUAGUUAGGUGGCAGUGCCAGCGAGGCUCCGUGUCCCUGGCCCGGGGCAGGGUGAGAUACGCUGGCUCACAUCCAGCACGACGGAGGAAGGCUUUCCUUGGUGGGACCUCGGGCUGGGAGCAGGGGCUGCCCACUGCCCAGCGGGUCUCUUUAGUCCCCCCUGUGUUCCCCUGGCUGUGCUGCAGGCAGGGGAGGCUGUAUUUCCCUUGAGAUGGCCGUGCUGUGCAGCUCCUGAGGAGGGUGGUCUCUGCUGCAACGGAGCCAGAGCCCACACGUGGGGCUUCCUGGCACAGCUCGCCCCGCAGGUUGCCCGCAGCUGGGGCAAACAGGGAUGAAAUUCCACCUGCCCCCCCCCACCCUUCCCCAGGAGCAUGGAGCAGGGGAAUGAGUUGGUGGGGAGGUAGAGGGGGGGUCAGUUUGUCUCCCCUGCCCUUUGGAGGGGAUGCUCAUUCCUCACACACCGCUUGCCACGCACAGAGAGGGGGGGUCCUCACAGCCAGAAUCUAGUUUGCUUGGAAAGGAGCAUGUAGCUGUCUCAGAGUCAGUGUCCAGCAGCGCUCGGGCUCUGGCUACUCUUGAUGCCUCUCCCUGUGCUCUCCUGCACCUUUUCCUCCCACCCUCUGCACUGGUGAAAGGCAGAGCCGACGUGCUCUGACUGGAAUUAAAAAUGAAGUAGAAGAGCCUUA